AUGACUGUUACUCAAUUGGAAGUGGCGGCCGAAGAAAAUGCAAAGAAAGAAGUUGAGCAAACGGUUUGGGAGUCAGCCAAAGGCUGCAAAUGGGGAUUAUUUUGGUCCUUCACUGUUUCUUUGUGUGUUAUUAUGGAAGGUUACGAUUUGAACUUGCUCGGUAACUUUUUUGCAUUUCCCGAAUUCGCAAAACGAUAUGGUCAUUACGUUAGUCCAGAAGCUGGCUAUCAACUCACUCCAGCAUGGCAAGCUGGUCUUAAUAACGGUUCAGGAGUUGGUGCAUUCUUUGGUGCAUUUUUGAAUGGUUACCUUUCCACAAGAUUCGGUCAUAAACGUGUUUUGAUCGCAGCUUUGGCUGUUUUAUCGUGCUUGAUCUUUAUCACUUUCCUCGCUCAAUCUGCCGUCAUGCUCUUGAUUGGUCAAUUGUUGAGUGGUUUGACUUGGGGUAUCUUUGCAACGACUGCACCUGCUUAUGCGUCCGAGGUUCUUCCACUCAAUUUGCGCGUGUACAUGACUUCAUGGACAAACAUGUGUUUCAUCAUUGGUCAAUUAAUCGCUUCCGGUGUGCUUGCUGGCUUGGUCAAUCUUCAAAGUGAAUGGGCAUUCCGUAUCCCCUUUGCCUUGCAAUGGGUUUGGCCUGCAUUCUUGAUUCCUGUGUUAUGUUUUGCUCCCGAAUCACCGUGGCACUUUGUCAGAAAAGGCAGACCAGAAGAUGCCAAGAAAUCUCUUCAAAGAUUAUAUGGCAAAAAUGCAACUGAAGUUCAAAUUCAAGACACCUUGGCAGCAAUCACAAAGACAAACGCGUUAGAACAAGAGAUGGAAAUUGGUACAUCUUACCGUGACUGCUUCAAAGGCUUCGAAGCAAGACGAACAGAGAUCGCUUGUGUCUGCUUCGCAGGACAAGUGCUUUCGGGCUCAUCUUUCGCCUACAAUUCUACUUACUUCUUCCAGCAAGUAGGCUUGACAAGCGAUCAAACUUACAAGUUAAACGUUGGAGGAACGGGUAUGGCUCUAUUUGGCGCUUUCUGCAGUUGGAUUUUCGUUAUGCCUUACUUUGGCAGAAGAAGAAUUUAUUUGACCGGUAUGGGAUUCUGCGUUAGUGUACUGUUUAUUAUUGGUAUUUUGAACACUCAGACAGACAAUAAGCAUGUUGGACUUGCUCAAGCUGUUUUGACUUUGCUUUGGACAUUUGGCUAUCAACUUUCUAUGGGUCAAUUAGGCUGGUCAAUUCCAGCUGAAGUUGGUUCAACUAGAUUACGUCAAAAGACCGUUUGCAUUGCUAGAAAUGCUUAUUAUGUUGUUUCGGUUAUCUCGCAAGUUUUGCAACCAUACUUCAUGAAUCCAACAGCAUGGAACUUACGCGGAUAUACCGGCUUUUUCUGGGGCGGCACCGCUUUACUCACUUUUAUUUGGGCGUUCUUCCGUUUGCCCGAACUCAAAGGUCGCAGUUACGAAGAAUUGGACGUUCUCUUUGCUCAAGGCGUACCUGCAAGGAAGUUCAAGACUACCGAAGUUAGCACAAUCCAUGCAAAAGAGACAAAGUAUGUCGAAAAAGACCUUAACCAAUCUUGA